AUGUGUCAAAACUGUACCGAGGGGGCAGAGACGAAGACAGAACAAGGAGACAGACGAUCUGGGUCCACACAGAUUAGAACACAGGAGCAAAAAUCAAGCAAUCCAAAAAGAGCAAUCCUAGAGGAAACAAAAAAGCAAAAACCUUCCAUUGCCAUCGAAAACACAGCUACUUCUAACAACAACAGCUACAGCCCAUGCAAGAAGCAGAUCUUCAUCCUAUCGGGGCAGAGCAACAUGGCUGGCCGCGGCGGCGUAGACCAGACGCGCCACCGCUGGGACGGCGUCGUUCCAUUGGAGUGCCAGCCUCACCCCUCUAUCCUCCGCCUGAGCGCCAAGCUCAACUGGGAGCCCGCCCACGAGCCCCUCCACGCCGACAUCGACACCAACAAGACCUGCGGCGUGGGCCCCGGCAUGUCCUUCGCCAACGCAGUCAGGGAGCGCGUGGGGCUGGUGCCGUGUGCGGUGGGCGGCACCGCUAUCAAGGAGUGGGCGCGUGGGGAGCACCUCUACGAGGACAUGGUGAGGAGGGCCAAGGCGAGCGUGGCGGUCGACGGCGGGGCUGAGAUCAGGGCGUUGCUGUGGUACCAAGGGGAGAGUGACACGUCGACCGAAGAUGACGCGGCGGCGUACAAGAGGAACAUGGAGAGGCUCAUUCACAAUGUUCGGGAGGAUCUUUGUCUGCCUGAUCUUCCAAUCAUCCAGGUUGCACUUGCGUCGGGGGAUGAGAAGUACUUGGAGAAAGUGAGGGAAGCACAACUAAGCAUCAAUAUUCCCAAUGUGGUGUGCGUGGACGCUAAGGGAUUGCAACUACAAGAUGACAAUCUCCACCUAACAACCGAGGCCCAGGUUCAGCUGGGCUCUAUGCUGGCUGAAGCGUAUCUCUCCAACUUUGGAACAACAUUGUAA